UUCCUCUCUAGUUUCUGCCUACAUUUUAGGGUUUCUGCUCCUCUAGACAACUGAGUUCAUAAAGAUGAUGCUUUCUGCUUGGAAUUUCUCUAAAGCUUCAAUGAGACUUCAGUAUCGAGUUUUCCAGGUCUCGUGGACGAGAAAUAGCAGUGAGAUAAGCUGUUCCAAGGACUCAAGUAAUAGCUCCUUUCCAGUUAGGUACACUCCCAAUAAUAAAUCUUUGAAAGAUGAUGAAGAACCCACAUGUUUUACACCCCUGAAACCCACCAAGCUUUCAAAACGAGCUUCUUUGAAACUUGAAGUUCCAUCGGAUAGAAAUACUACUGUUUUGAGUAAAGACCAAAAUCAAGCAACUUUUCCAUGUACAAGGUUUGAUGAAAAAACAGCAGGUAUUAUUAGUAAGUAGAAUAUCUGUCUUCUU